AUGACCUCGGCGGGGGAGGCGGCCGGUUCCCCCCCGCUGCCCGCCGCGGUCGGCGGCCACCGGCGGAGCCCCCUGGACCGGCUCCCGCCCCCCGCCAACACCACAAAACCGCUGACCCCCUUCGGCAUCGAGGACAUCCUUGGACGUCCCCGCGGCGGGAGCCCCCCCGGGACCGGGACCGGUCCCGCCGCCCCCCCCGCCCCGACAGGGCCCCGCGGCGGCGGCGGCGGCUGCGCCCCGGCCUCGCCGCUCUGGGCGCUGGAGGAACUCGCCAGUAAAACCUUCCAGGGGCUGGAGCUGGGAAUGCUGCAGGCGGCCGGAGGUCCGUCCCCGCCGGGCACCUCGGGCCCGCGGCCUCCCUGCAGGAAGCGUCGCAAGUCCCGGACCGCGUUCACGGCGCAGCAGCUGCGGGAGCUGGAGCAGCGAUUCCGGCGGCAGCGCUACCUCUCCCCGGUGGACCGGGACGCGCUGGCGGCGCGGCUGGCGCUCUCCGCCGCCCAGGUCAUCACCUGGUUCCAGAACCGCCGCGCCAAGCUCAAGCGGGACCUGGAGGAGCUGCGGGCGGACGUGGCCUCGCUGCAAGCGCUGCCCCCCGCCGCCCUGCAGCAGCUGGCGGGGCUGCCCGAGCCGCCGGGGGCUCCCGGUACCGGCGGCGGGAGCACAGAGCCCGCCGAGCUGUCGGAGGAGGAGAUCGACGUGGCGGACUGA